AGGCUAAUAAGUCAUGGGCUGCCCACGAAUCCUACAAACGACGACGUCUUCGCGUGCCUAUGCAAGCCGCAGAUUCCGAUAUUGAAUUCUUCACCUUCUCGCUGUUUGUGUUGCUGGUCUCCGCAGUUUCAGUUCAGAAAAAGAAGAAAGAAGCACAGAGAGAGAGAGAGAGAGAGAGAGAGAGAGAAAGAGAGAGAGAGGAGACGGAAUGCCGAAACGAACGACGCACACAUACUCGAGCGAGGACGCAGCUCCAGAUAGACCUGAUUCUGAUCUCUUCGUCUAUUACUGCAAGCACUGUGGAUCUCAUGUCCUCAUUACUGUUGCAGAAAAUGCCAAAAAGGAAGACUGACAAAGCAUAUGUGUUGGAUAAGAAGAAACAUCUUGCAAGGUUAAACAUUAAUGAGGGAGGAAAAGUUCUUUUGAAAAGGGGUGAAGGGAAGUUGGAGAAGCAGUUUCGGAUGAACUGUAUGGGUUGUGGAUUAUUUGUUUGCUAUCGCUCGGAGGAAGAUUUGGAAGCUGCUUCUUUCAUUUAUGUUGUGGACGGUUCUCUAAGUACAGUUGCUGCUGAAACCAAUCCACAGGAUGCCCCUGUGCCACCCUGCAUAUCGCAGUUAGAAGGAGGACUGGUUCAAGUGGCUAUAGAAGUGGAAGACCGUGCACAGCGCUCAGCAAUCACAAGAGUGAAUGCUGAUGAUGUCCGAGUUAGUGUAGCUGCUCCUGCAGCCCGCGGAGAAGCUAACAAUGAACUUUUGGAGUUCAUGGGCAAGGUGUUGGGUCUCAGACUGAGCCAGAUGACUCUUCAGAGAGGAUGGAAUAACAAAUCAAAACUCCUUGUGGUUGAAGAUUUGUCUGCCAGACAGGUUUACGAGAAACUUCUGGAGGCUGUGCAGCCUUGAAGUUCUUUUUUUCUAUGAAAUCUUCCGGGUUUACAUACAUUGUAAUACCAUUGCAAGAAUGAAUCAAUGAUUCAACGUUUUAUUACAAUAACCUUGUGGAGUUGUAAAACAUUGUAGAGGUUUUCAUGUAAGAAACAACAAUAGGAAUAUCAAAGCUUUUCAAUGGUGAAUGUCACAGUGAUUGCCGGACCA